AUGACUGCCUUAUACAAACACCAAGCUCUGCUUAAAGUUCUUGGGCGGGCUUCAGGUGGCUUAUACUCAUGUGUCAGGAAUUCUUCAAACAUUUCUGUGGCGACUCGCUCUCGUCGAAGUAACCCUACCCUUCGCGAUUUGAACGCUGUAGGACAUCGACUAAACGCUGUAAAUCGGUUGCCUCCAUCGACGGUCCGCAACGCGCUACGACGUAAAGUUCAAAGAGAAAAGGAGCAGCGAAGUAAAUUGGCCGCUCUCUUGGAUCUUCCGCAACAACCAGAAUUUACUGAAAUUAAGACAGUAGAAGAUUUAAAGCGUGUCGUGCCUUUUAUGCCUCCCGAGCAACAAGAGCGUGUUCAGACGUUAAUUGCUGAAUAUGGCGACGGUCUUAACGAGUAUUUAGAGCAGGCUGCAAACAUGGCUGAACAGGGUACUUUAGAAGAAGAGCUGGAAGGUGUGGCACCACGAGGUGGCAAUGACAAGAUCAAGGGUGGCGAGUAUGGUGCUGCAAUUGAACUCUUGCAGCAAAUGGUAGAAGAGGUUAUUGAAGAAGAAGAAACACCCCCAUCGCAUGAUUCCCUUUGGCGCAAUGUUAAUAUUUUUAAAAAAAUGCGUGUGGAUCCAUCUGUGCCUCCACCGCUCGAGUUAUUGGUGAUUUUAUUUCAAAUUGCGAAAAACGAGACAGACGAAACAGUGCGCAAUAAGGCAUUGAUGCUUGUCGGAAACAUUCUUUAUGGUUACCAGCUUGUUAGACUUGAUCCUUAUAAUGAGGUUGAUUAUUUGAAUGCAUUAGUCAAAGGACGCAAAGUAAAACGUGCCAUUGACAUUUGGAAAUCACGACGUGCCAAACAGGACGUUGAAAAUUCAAUCUAUUGGGUCGAAGUCGGUAGCUGUUUAUACCAGGAGGUGUACGAUAUGAAAAAUGCCGAGAAACUAGCAGCUGAACUUAUUGAAAAAUUUGAUUAUGUUCCUCCAAAAGUGACUUUGCGUUUCAUUAAAUGCUAUGUCAAGAUGCAUAAAGCUGAUGAUGUUUGGCGAUGGACAGAAUACAUGAUUGAUCAAGUCAAAGCUAAUGGUGCAUUUGGCGAACCAGUUACUAUUUCAGGAAACUUUGAUCCAGAAGAAGCAGAUGCUGUGUUUAACGCCAAACAUAUUCCCACUGCACGCGAUAUUUUAACCACUUUUGAUCAAAUCAUGGUUACUGGAAACACAGUAUAUGGACUUUUGUGGUUUGAUAGAGUCACAGACCUUGGAUUAUCUGUCAACGUGAAAAGCCUGCUGAGUAUCUUUAAUUCUGCGGCCAAAAACAUUACUAAAAUUAAUCAGCCAAACACAUUGAAAUUACUGACCGCCCUAAAGCGCACAAAGAAAAAUAGUAGUAAUACUACUGCAACUAGCCUUUCAUCGAAUUUUCACAUUGGAAAUAACUUGAUUGACCAACUGGCAUUCCGACUAUUAAAUGAAUCCCCUGAACUAGCCAAAAAUUCUCAAUUUUACCAAAUUUGGAUUUACGGACUAAUGCAGCUAAACGAUAUGGAGCGUGUAAGUGAAGUCUUACAAAUGGAAAUUAAUCAAAACCUACUAGUGACAUCUUUCGCCUUUCAUUCGACACUAAAAACUCUUCUAAACAAAAAGAAGUUAAACCUAGCAUUAGAACUUUUGGAUUGCGCCGAAAAUCCAGGGAAAUUCAAACUUAAUAAGCCACAAGCUAAGCACUAUGCCCUUUUCAUUCAAUACGGCGCCCGGCGACACGACGAAGAGUUUGUUAAAAAGAUUUUAAAUCGCAUGACUGAACACGGGGUAGGAUACGAUGAGUCUGUAAAUUUGGCUCUAUUUCACUUUUACUAUCGCAUGCGACAAUUCACGAAAUUUUUUAACCAUUUGGAAGCUGCUAUUAAUCUUAACGGUCAUCAAUUUUCUACGGAAGGGUACACAGUAAUAUGGACCAUUAUAAGAGAUUAUCUGCGGUCCAAUCCUUCAAAAGUGUCUAGAUACCUUGUCACUGGUUCAAUAUCUGAACCAGAUUUGCAUUUUGAUCUUAAUACCAAUUUUUUUAACAUGCUUCUGCUAAGAAUGAUGCAGAGCAAAGAUUUUGUACCAUCAACUACAGUCUACGAACGCGCUAUUCAGACAUUCUUAAUAGUUCAUGACUACACAAAGGUUUUUGCCUUAGUCAAAUUUAUGGGGGAAAAUAACCAACUAGCUUUGGACCCUGCAUUCUGUUUUAACUUGACAAAUCUAGCCAAAAAAAUGGGGAAGAUUGCACAAACCAACCGCAUACUUAAAAAUCUAAACCACCAGCAACGACCACCAACUCUUCCCAGCUCUUUGUUUUCUAAUUCACAAAACACUGCCAUCAACAGUAUUGCCGUGGCCAAUUCUAUUGCCCAAAACCGCUCCACUAAUGUUUCCAUUCCUCUUGAGACUUUUACUGAGUCACUAUGUUUGGCCCUAAACUGUAAAUAUUCCGAUUAUGAGGACUCGGUCGCGGAGCUGGUCUCCCAGUUUGCCUAA